AUGGUUGCCGGGAGCCCCGCCAGGUUCGACGAAGCCUUCAACACCAGCCAGGAGUAUCUGCUGCGCCGCGUCCUCGCACAGCGGUUUUACUGGACAAUCAACACGUCCAAGUGUCGUAACACAAAUGCCCAAGUCCACAGGGUCUUUGGCCACUACAUGCAGCUUGCGCUGCUGUCCGAGCACGCCGGCAAGGCCCAGAAAGUUGGCCAUGAACAUGGCCCUGGGCGCUGUGUGUUUCUCGAGGCGCUGGCGUCCGGGACUGAUGAUCCCAAGCUUAUCCGCCACAAUAUGCUCAAUGUCUUUCUUGCCGGGAAGGACAUGACAGCUAGCCUGCUCAACUCGGCUUUCUACUUCCUUGUGCGUAAUCCGCAAGUUUGGGAGACGCUGCGAAGUGAAGUAGUGGGCAAAUUCGGCGACCGCUGCAGACGGGGAACGAAAUCACGCAUACGAGGCGCUCCGACUGCUCCCACCAGUCCCAGUGAACUUCCGGCAGGCCCUCAAAGAGACAUCCCUGCCGGUUGGAGGGGCCAAGCUCGGAACGCACCAAUUGAUAUUGAGAAAGGUGACAUAGUAGGGUAUAAUGUCUACGUAAUGCACUGGAGAACCGAUAUCUGGGGGUGCCGACGCCCACACGUUUCGGCCUGA